AUGGAGGCUGAAUUUUACAUGGCGAUUCUUACCUGCUGGAUCUUUGGGAAUUCAGAGGGGUUUCAGAUCGUCCAUGUCCAUAAACAAGAGUGCCUUUCCAAAAAUAAGAGAGUGGUCGUGGGUUUGUGUGAUGGGACCAGCCAGAACCAGCAGUGGAUGUGGACUGAGGAUGGAAAACUCCUUCAUGUUAAAUCUGCUCUGUGCCUGGGCAUCUCCAAUUCUCGUGGUCCUUCCCUAUCAGCUAUCUUUACCCACUGCUCCCAGGCACCCCGAUGGACUUGCCAUGAGCAGGAAGGGUUCCUUGAGGUGGAAAAUACCUCUCUCUUUCUCAAGAAACAAGGCUCCAAGGUAGUGGUCAAGAAGGACAGGAAAUACCUCCAUAGCUGGAUGAAAAUAGAUAUCAACCAGGAGGGAAAACCAGUGAACGGAAGCCUCUGCUUAAAAAAAGCUGUCCUGGGAGCAGAAGUUUCAGUGAGGAGCACUAGAAACACGGCUCCGCCCCAAAUCCCCACUACUUUAAAUGCACUUCCAUAUAGCCCGGAACACCUUAUUAGGAACACCACAGAGGCCUUCACCAGAAGUGCAACAGAACACUCCAGCCACAACAGCAGACAGAGGCAGCACCCCGAUCUGCAGAUGACUGGAAUUACAGAGACACCUUGGGUCCCCUGGACUAUUCGGCCCUUCUCCAGCACCACGGAACAGACUGGACUGGGGGAGCCAGUGAGAUGUAACUUCACCCUGACGGAGUCCAAGGUCUCCAGCCGGUCCGCGUCUCUCCAGUGGAGAACUCUGGGGUCACCCUGUAACUUCAGCCUCAUCUAUAGCAGUGACACGUUAGGGGUCGCAUGGUGCCACCCCACGCGGAUAGACAACACCACCUAUGGAUGCUACCCCAAGGAUCUGCAGGCGGGAACCACCUAUAACUUCAGGAUUGUGUCUCUGGAUGGAGAAGAGAGAACUGUGGUCUUGCAAACAGAUCCUUUACCUCCUGCUAAGUUUGAAGUCAGUAAAGAGAAGACUACUUCAACCAGCUUGCAUGUUUGGUGGACUCCUUCUUCUGGAAAAGUCACCUGGUAUGAGAUCCAAUUGUUUGACAAUAACCAAAAGAUACAGGAGACCCAAAUUCAAGAAAGUACUUCAUGGAAUGAACAUACAUUUUUUAACCUCACUGCUGGUAAUAAAUACAAUAUUGCCAUCACAGCUAUUUCUGGAGAGAAACGUUCCCUUACAAUUUAUACCAAUGGAUCAACAGUGCCAUCCGCAGUGAAAGAUAUCAAUAUUUCAGCAAAAACCAAUUCUCUCCUGCUUUCCUGGUCCCAUGGCUCUGGGAAUGUAGAAAGAUACCAGCUACUGCUGAUGGAUAAAGACGUCCUAGUUCAUGGCAGUGUCGUGGACAAACAUGCUACUUCCUUCAGUUUUCACGGACUGACACCUGGACACCUCUAUAACCUUACCAUUGUGACCGAGGCUGCAGGGCUGCAAAACUACAGAUGGAAACCGGCCAGGACAACCCCCAUGGAAGUCUCAAAUCUAAAGGUGACAAAUGAUGGCACUUUGACCUCUCUAAAAGUCAAGUGGCAAAGACCUUCUGGAAAUGUGGAUUCCUACAACAUUACCCUGUUUCACCAAGGGACUAUCAAAGAAUCCAGAACAUUAGCACCCCAAGUUACAGAAACCCAAUUUAAAGACUUAAUCCCUGGACGUCUUUAUCAAGUUACCAUCAGCUGUGUCUCUGGUGAAUUGUCUGCUCAGAAGACGGCAGUGGGCAGAACAGUUCCAGAGAAAGUUGGAAACCUGGAGGUAAACAGCAAUGGUUCGAUAAGGUCCCUAAUAGUGAGCUGGUCGCCCCCUGCUGGAGACUGGGAGCAGUAUCGAAUCCUACUCUUCAAUGAUUCUGUGGUGCUGCUCAACAUCACCGUGGGAAAGGAAGAAACACACUAUGCCAUAGAUGAUGUGGGGCUCAUACCGGGAAGACAGUAUGAAGUAGAAGUCACUGUUGAGAGUGGAAAUCUGAAGAAUUCUAAGCGUUGCCAAGGCAGGACGGUCCCCCUGGCUGUCCUCCAGCUUCGUGUCAAACAUGCCAAUGAAACCUCACUGGGCGUCAUGUGGCAGACUCCUGUAGCAGAAUGGGAGAAAUACAUCAUUUCACUGGCUGACAGAGACCUCUUACUCAUCCACAAGUCGCUCCCCAAAGAUGCCAAAGAAUUCACUUUUACUGACCUGGUACCUGGACGAAAAUACAUUGCUACAGUCACCAGUAUUAGUGGAGACUUAAAAAAUUCAUCUUCAACUAAAGGAAGAACAGUGCCUGCCCAAGUGACUGGCUUGUAUGUGGCCAACCAAGGAACAACCAGCAGUCUGUUUACUAACUGGACCCAGGCCCUGGGAGACAUAGAAUUCUACCAAGUCUUACUGAUCCAUGAAAACGUGGUCAUCAAAAAUGAAAGUGUCUCCAGUGAGACCAGCAGAUACAGCUUUCACUCCCUCAAAUCAGGCAGCCUCUAUUCUGUGGUGGUAACAACAGUGAGCGGCGGGAUCUCAUCCCGACAAGUGGUGGUGGAGGGAAGGACAGUCCCUUCCAGUGUGAGCGGAGUGACGGUAAACAAUUCUGGUCGCAAUGACUACCUGAGCGUUUCCUGGCUGCCGGCUCCUGGAGACAUGGAUAACUAUGUGGUGACACUCUCUCAUGGCAGCAGGGUCGUUCAGUCCCUCGUUAUUGCCAAGUCUGUCAGUGAAUGUUCCUUCAGCUCCCUUACCCCGGGCCGCCUCUACAAUGUGACUAUAACUACGAGGAGCGGCAAGUAUGAAAACCAUUCCUUCAGCCAGGAGCGAACAGUGCCUGACAAGGUCCAGGGAGUCAGUAUUAGCAACUCGGCCAGGAGUGACUAUUUAAAGGUAUCCUGGGUGCAUGCUACUGGAGACUUUGAUCAUUAUGAAGUCACCAUUAAAAACAAAAACAACUUCAUUCAAACCAAAAGCAUCCCCAAGCCUGAAAACGAGUGUGUAUUUGUUAAGUUAGUCCCUGGACGGUUGUACAGUGUUACUGUUAGUACAAGAAGUGGACAAUAUGAAGCCAGUGAACAGGGGAAUGGAAGAACAAUCCCAGAGCCUGUUAGGGAUCUAACAUUGCGGAACAGGAGCACUGAGGACCUUCUGGUGACUUGGUCACGAGCUGAUGGGGAUGUUGACCAAUAUGAGAUCCAGCUACUCUUCAAUGAUAUGAAAGUAUUUCCUCCUUUUCACCUCGUAAAUACUGCAACUGAGUAUCGAUUCACCUCCCUGACGCCAGGGCGCCAGUAUAAAAUUCUUGUCUUGACCAUCAGUGGAGAAGUACAGCAGUCAGCCUUCAUUGAGGGCUUCACAGUUCCAAGCGCUGUCAAAAAUAUCCAUGUUUCUCCCAAUGGGGCGACAGACAGCCUGACAGUCAACUGGACUCCUGGUGGGGGUGAUGUUGACUCCUACACAGUGUCAGCGUUCAGGCAGAAUCAGAAGGUGGAGUCUCAGACUAUCUCCAAACACGUCUCGGAGCACACAUUCCACAGGCUGGAGGCUGGGGAACAGUACCAGAUUGUGAUCGCCUCGGUCAGCGGCUCCCUAAAGAACCAGAUAGAUGCAGUUGGGCGGACAGUCCCAGCAUCAGUCCAGGGAAUAAUUGCCGACAAUGCAUACAGCAGUCAUUCCUUAAUGGUAAGUUGGCAAAAAGCUGUUGGCGUGGCAGAAAGGUACGAGAUCCUGCUUCUAAACGACAAGGGGAUCCUUCUGAGUAACACAUCAGAGCCAGCCGCCACCAAGCAGCACAAAUUUGAAGACCUAACGCCAGGAAAGAAAUACAAGAUACAGAUCCUAACUGUCAGCGGAGGGCUCUUCAGCAAGGAAGCCCAGACUGAAGGCCGCACAGUCCCGGCAGCUGUCACCAACCUGAGGAUCACGGAGAACUCCACCAGACACCUGUCCUUCAGCUGGACCACCUCAGAAGGGGAGCUCAACGGGUACAACAUCUUUCUGUACAACCCAGAUCGAACGCUUCAGGAAAGAGCUCAGGUUGACCCACAAGUCCAGAGCUUCUCUUUCCAGAACUUGCUACAAGGCCGAAUGUACAAAAUGGUGAUCGUAACUCACAGUGGGGAGCUGUCUAAUGAGUCUUUCAUAUUCGGUAGAACAGUCCCAGCUUCCGUGAGUAACCUCAGAGGAUCCAACCGGAAUAUGACAGACAGUCUCUGGUUCAGCUGGAGUCCGGCCUCCGGGGACUUUGACUUUUAUGAGCUGAUUCUCUACAACCCUAAUGGCACGAAGAAGGAGAACUGGAGAGACAAGGACCUGACCGAAUGGCGUUUCCAUGGCCUCAUUCCUGGAAGGAAGUACACGCUGUGUGUGGUAACUCACAGUGGGGACCUCAGCAACAAGCUCACGGGCGAGAGCAGAACAGCCCCAACUCCUCCCAGUCUUAUGUCAUUUGCUGAUGUUACAAACACAUCCUUGGCCAUCACCUGGAAGGGGCCACCAGACUGGACAGACUAUGAUGACUUUGAGCUGCAGUGGUCCCCCAGAGAUGCAAUCACGGUCUUCAACCCCUACAGCAACAGGAAAUCAGAAGGACGCAUCAUAUAUGGUCUUCGUCCAGGGAGAUCCUAUCAAUUUAGUGUCAAGACUGUCAGUGGUGACUCCUGGAAAACCUAUAGCCGACCAAUAUUUGGAUCCGUGAGGACAAAGCCGGACAAGAUUCAAAACCUGCACUGCCGGCCUCAGAACUCCACAGCCAUCGCCUGCUCUUGGAUCCCUCCUGACUCUGACUUUGACGGGUAUAGCAUUGAAUGUCGGAAAAUGGACACUCAGGAAGUUGAGUUUUCCAGAAAGCUGGAGAAAGAGAAAUCUCUCCUCAACAUCAUGAUGCUCGUGCCCCAUAAGAGGUACCUGGUGUCCAUCAAGGUGCAGUCGGCCGGCAUGACCAGCGAGGUGGUGGAAGACAGCACUAUCACAAUGAUAGACCGGCCCCCUCCUCCACCUCCACAUAUUCGGGUGAAUAAAAAGGAUGUGCUAAUCAGCAAAUCUUCCAUCAACUUCACUUUCAACUGCAGCUGGUUCAGCGACACCAACGGAGCUGUGAAAUACUUCACGGUGGUCGUGAGAGAGGCUGAGGGCAGUGAUGAGCUGAAGCCGGAACAGCAACACCCUCUGCCCUCCUACCUAGAAUACAGGCACAACGCCUCCAUCCGGAUGUAUCAGACCGAUUACUUUGCCAGCAAGUGUGCUGAAAGUCCUGACAGCAACUCCAAGAGUUUUAACAUUAAGCUGGGAGCAGAGAUGGAGAGCCUGGGUGGAAAAUGCGAUCCCAACCAGCAAAAAUUCUGUGACGGGCCGCUGAAGCCGCGCACUGCCUACAGAAUCAGCAUUCGAGCUUUUACACAGCUGUUUGAUGAGGACCUGAAGGAAUUCACGAAGCCACUCUAUUCUGACACAUUUUUCUCCUUGCCUAUCACCACUGAGUCAGAGCCUUUAUUUGGAGUUAUCGAAGGUGUGAGUGCUGGUCUGUUCUUAAUUGGCAUGCUGGUGGCUGUGGUUGCCUUAUUCAUCUGCAGACAGAAAGCCAGCCAUGGUCGAGAAAGGCCCUCUGCCCGCCUGAGCAUUCGCCGGGAUCGACCAUUAUCUGUCCACUUGAACCUGGGCCAGAAAGGUAACCGGAAAACGUCUUGCCCAAUAAAAGUAAAUCAGUUUGAAGGGCACUUCAUGAAGCUGCAGGCUGAUUCCAACUACCUUCUGUCCAAGGAAUACGAGGAUUUGAAAGACGUGGGUCGAAACCAAUCAUGUGACAUUGCGCUCUUGCCGGAGAACAGAGGGAAAAAUCGAUACAACAAUAUAUUGCCCUAUGAUGCCUCUCGAGUGAAGCUGUCGAAUGUAGACGAUGACCCGUGCUCAGACUACAUCAAUGCCAGCUACAUCCCUGGCAACAACUUCAGAAGAGAAUACAUUGCUACUCAGGGACCUCUUCCUGGCACCAAGGAUGACUUCUGGAAAAUGGCAUGGGAACAGAAUGUUCACAACAUCGUCAUGGUGACCCAGUGUGUGGAGAAGGGCCGAGUGAAGUGUGACCAUUACUGGCCAGCAGACCAAGAUUCCCUCUACUACGGGGACCUCAUCCUGCAGAUGCUCUCAGAGUCUGUGCUGCCCGAGUGGACCAUCCGGGAAUUUAGGAUAUGCAGCGAGGAACAGCUCGACACACACAGGCUCAUCCGCCACUUUCACUACACGGUGUGGCCAGACCACGGGGUCCCAGAGACCACCCAGUCCCUGAUCCAGUUUGUGAGAACCGUCAGGGACUACAUCAGCAGGAGCCCCGGCGCCGGGCCCACCGUGGUGCAUUGCAGUGCUGGUGUGGGUAGGACUGGAACCUUUAUUGCACUGGACCGAAUCCUCCAGCAAUUAGACUCCAAAGACUCCGUGGACAUUUACGGAGCCGUGAAUGACCUAAGACUUCACAGGGUUCACAUGGUCCAGACUGAGUGUCAGUAUGUAUACCUACAUCAGUGCGUAAGAGAUGUCCUCAGAGCAAGGAAGCUACGGAGUGAGCAAGAAAACCCCCUGUUUCCAAUCUACGAAAAUGUGAAUCCAGAGUAUCACAGAGACCCAGGCUAUUCAAGGCAUUGAGAAUGCAUCUGAAGAUCUCUCGGAUAAAAACUAUUCACUGUGUGAUUUAAAAACAAAACAAAACAAAACAAAAAAAUUUGCUUCUUGCCCUACAGAGGUGCCAACUAUUUCUGUUGAUACUAUGUAUAAUUUAUUAAUCUGGAGAAUUUUAAAGAAUUUAUGUAAUUUAAAGGUAACAGAUAUUAUUGUACAUAGUUGUAUUUUGUAGUUUCUUCUGUAAAUAUGUAUUUUUUCAUAAUGUUUAAUAUUAAGCUUUAUAUAAUACUAUUUUUCCACACUAAAGUGUUCAUGGAUUGUUCUACAUAAACUAAUUCAACCUGUAUGACAGGACUACCGGGAAAAUGUAGAUGGAAGGGGUUGCAGGGACAAUCCCAUGGGCCAUGGUUUUGACCUGCUUUGAUAUUCGCUGGUCAGGAUAAAGGCAGGGCUGGGGAAAGCACGUAAUACAGCUGGCUUUCCUGCAUUGCUCUUCUAGGAACCUAGGGAUCCAAAGAUGAUCCAAAUGCUAUUUGGACAAACGUAAUAGUCAAAAAAGGAUUGGGGGAAAGGGGUUAGGCAGCCCCAAAGCUGAAAUAGGUGGUUAUCCCUACACUAGUUUAUCUCUCCCCUUUCUCCUGCCAGAGGUUCAAGCCAAAGUGGUCGGUUCAGGGACCAUGUAACUUGCAGAGAAGUCCAGGCUUCAGGGUUGAGGAUUCUGAUAGAGAACAAUCCAAACAGAAGUGAUGAAUUUCUUAUAUCAAGAAGAAUGCCCCCUGUACCCCUGAGUGGAAAUAAAAUUGACAUGCAAAGUGCCAUCCAGAGUGACUAGAGAUUAUGUCACUGCAGUCGCAGUGUGGGGGCAUGCCUCCCCAUACUGGACUGAGUGUGUGGCUUGAUGCACACACACUCAUCUUUGUCUUAUUUCUAGUGGGCUGCAUUCCUGGAAAGGUCAAAAUUAUGUCACUCAUCUUGGGUUUUCCCAUUAAAAGAAGAUUGUUGUGGCAGAUUAUAUUUCUGAUCAAAGGACUUGGUAUUAACAUCUUUAUAGAAAUGUCCACAAACAUCAGAUAUAGUACAUUUAAAAAAAACAAAACAAAACUCAGUCGUGCUUAAUAUAGAAAUUCCCAAAAGACUUUUUUAGUAAAUCACUGAGGUCAAAAUAUCAGUAGUCACCUGAAGGUGCAUUUGACAUAAAAGCCACCGAGUUUAUCUUCAGUAUUUGUGCCUAUUUUGACUGUAACAAAUUUCCGUGGGUUAGAAAGUGGGCAUUGCCCUCCUCAAGCUCCAGUUCUGAGGGUCUUCCUGGGGACAAUUUGAAAGUUAUAUGUAUGAAAUCUUCAUGGCUGCUUGAGAAAGAAGCCAGGAUGUUUGCCUUUUUCUCACUUACAAAUCUCUCCACGGUAAACCUAAGAAUUAGAGAUGGACGUCAUUGACCUUACAGCUUCAACUGCAGAAAGAAUACAUUUCUUUUUAAAGUAUGUAUUUUUGCUACAUACAAUAAAGUCCCAUAAGUAAUAUAAUGCAUGUAAAUGAAAAUCAUUAAAUAUAUCCAAAAUAGUUAUCUGUGGUUAUGUAAAUUUCCACACACACCAGAAAAAUUUCCAGGGCUACUUGAAGUUUAUAAAAACAGGGGAAAACUUUCUAAGAAUAAAUGUGAAGAGUAAUAAAAGGAUUCCAAGUUUUCACAGUCUCAUUGUGCUCAAUGCCCUUGUGAAAUAGCAGUGAUAGGCUCUGCUUCUGUUUCAGGGAACUAGGUGGAUCUUCUAGAAAUGAAAAGGAACAAUAUAUACGUAAGGGUGGCAGAUGUACCAGCAGGAAGAAAAUAGAGGUCAGAGAUUUAUGAGAUGUGGCGUCUAGUAGGAAUAACUUUCCCUGCAUUGAAAAGAAAAAGCAAGAGAAAAACAACAGAUUUUUAAACUAACGUUGCUUGGCACAAAGCACAUUACCACA